UUGCCUAAUUCAAAAAAUGGAAUAUGCUCUCGCUCAGCUAUUGGUUUAAAGCAAAGUGAGGAAAUGAUUUUAACUUAAAAAAACGUAUGCAUUUCCCGCACAUAAUAAUUUCCAAAUAAGGGGCAAUAUUCCAAACCCUAAAAUUAGAAAAGUCCCCCAAAUCCUCUCUACCCACCCACCCCCAUGGCGUCGGAAGACCCGAUGAACAACACUGCCGGCACCGACGACGAGACUAUAGCUCAGCGGAGAAAGCGACUCCGACGAGUGAGCUUCGCCGACCGGGAGAUUACUUCCGUCCACAUUUUCAAGCGCGACGAAGAUUACGAGACGCCGCCGAGUCCGUCCGCCUCGAAGCCCCGAAACGUUGAGACAUCAGAGUCUGAGGACAAAGUAAUUAGGUUUUUCGGUGAAUUAGCUGAUAGCGAAGACACUGAAGGAGACGAACCUGUGGAGAAACUCUUCCUGAGGCCCAAAAGUUCGCCUUCUUCAGGUGGUAGCACUAUUGCUUCUGCUACAACUGAUGACGAGGACAGUUUCUUCGGACCAGUGUCUUCCCAUUUUAUCAACCCUGGGAGACUCUCAGACGCUACUACGGUCUCUGAAGACCACCAUGAUAUGACGAUGGACUCCACAGCGUUUUCAAUGCAUUUCCGGAGUCUUGUAAUGUCCGAGUCUGGAGACUUGAGGACACCCACGAGCAGCCAUCGUGUUCCGGUAGAAGUAGAUGAGAAAACACCAACUCAAGUUACCUUUAGAUCUGAUGAUACAGGGAGUGCAAUGGUGUUAACUUACCCUAAGAAGCUGUUCCCUAAAUCCCCUGUGCCGGUUGACAAAGGAAGUGGUGGUGGAGAUUCUAACGACAUGAGUCUCGUAGGUGAUGAUUCUCGAAAAUAUGAUUACGGGCAUAUAACUCCUGCCUUAGCUGCUCUGCUGGGAGAUGAGAGCAAGGAACCGGUUCCUGCAUCUCAAGACAAUAGUGUUGAGGCAAGAUCUCCAGUGCCUGAAUUCUCCCUGUUCCCUCAAAAUGGAAGCAUUCCUGUCGGUAUAAAUAGCACUGAUGCUUGUCAAAUGCUGUCACCUUGUGGUUCUGGCAUUCACCCUCGAAUGGAGCUGCAGGAAUCAGGAAGGGAAAGUGCGUAUUUUAUUGGUAGAAUGCAGCAGUCUUCUUUAUCUUGUGCUACGCCUUCUCCUCAACAAGUUGGAAGCUUUAUGAGCAGGGAAACUCUCGCACUAGUUGAGAGCUUGUCAACCAUCCAGAAAAGCAAAUCCAGACUUGGAUUGAUUCCACCGUCCCCUGCUUCUGCUCUUUCUCAGAGAAUUGAGAAAUCCAAGCUUCAAUUGUCCGGACGCCGUUCUGCUACUACCCCAUCAACUAUUGGCAGGGAAGAUACAGGCGUCCGCCCGACAACACGUAAAGAUAUCCCCAUUACUAACUUGGAUGAUUUGUUAUCUACACAUGAUAACCGAAAACCAGUGUCUGAAAAUCAUGGCGCACCUGAUCAACUUAGCUGUGGUGCAUUGAGCCCUGUUGUUGACAGUAGCGAUGUGUUUACAUUCUUAAAUCCAGAAGGAAACUCUAAUUCUAAGAUUGAGGGUUCACUCUUGAAAGAACAGGAAAGAAAUCAGACAGCCAGCACCCCUGAUAAGUUUGUGUCAUCUCUAGCAAAAUCGUCAGAUGCGACUACCUCAGCAUUGAACAAUUGUGUUACUCUUCAAGAUCAAGAGCAGAAAAGCAAAGCCAUCGGCAAUUCUGAGACUGAAGAUGGACGCUUGGCCAAGGAUUCUGUUAGUAAUCCUUCUCUGAAUACGUUAUAUGACCAUAUGGAUUCCCUGCUUGUAGAAUCUUCUGCUAUACUCAGCGAGACAGGCUUCUUGAACGGCUCUGCUCAACAAAACGAGGAAGACAGCGUGCUGAACAAAAAUAAAAAAGGAACCAACAACAUCAGGGCUGCCCAUUGUGAAACUGAAGUUAUCUCAACUGAAGACUGUCCUGUUCUAGUGACACAAGACCGUCCUGGUACAGCUGGUUCUUCACCUUUGGACAGAAGUAGGAAUGAGGCUUCACAUGCUAAGGGGCCAUCCAGAUUGAAAAGGAAAGCCAGAGAUGUUGAUCCUGCUGCCAAAAGUUGUAGCCCUAAAGUCAGACAAAACACACAGGAUAUUUCAAAUCCAGUGAUGGACCACCCUGAUGGAGACGAUGUUAGCAACUGCCGCGUAGUUCUUGAACAGGUAAACUGGGUAGAAAUUCCAAGAAAGGUAUCAGAAGAAAUUAAUCAAAUGUUUGCACCAUUGGCCAAUAAGCUGAACUCAAGACAGGUAUGCAAGCUGGAAGAUAUGUUAACAUACUUGAAGAAGGUUCAUUUGCGUGAGAUGCUUUGUCUUCAAAUUAAAUCUCAGAAAGUAUGUAACGACUUGAGUGAUGCUAAGACAAAGAGACGUGCUGAGAGUAGAUCGUUACUCUGUAAGUUAGCAUAUGAAAAAGCCAACCUUGAGUUGUUGCACCUCAAGCAAGAGAUAAUGAUGAAAAAGUCUCAAGUAGUUACCACUGGUCUACAAACAUCUGAAACAUUGAGGUUGAAUUGUGCCAAGCUUUUACGUCAACAUGGUUCCAAUUCUACUGGCUUGUUAACUACUGUUCAACCACAUGAGGCUACUACUAUCAAGGUAGCAGAGAAAACACAGGAGAUCGAAGAAUUGGACUCAAAAAUCAAGACCUUGAUCAAAUGUUUUCCUACGUGCGACAAGAUAACAGGAGAAUCUGCAUAUACAGACGCUGUUAUGAUUGCUGAAGAUGAAUUGAAAAAGAAAAUGAGUUGCAGGCUUAUACGUCAGGAUAUUCUGGUCUGGAAAGUUGACAGUUUAGGAGAAAAGAAUGAUUGUCAGAGCAUUGUUCUAAAUUAUGGUGGCUUGAUUCACCAAAGGCUCACAUUAAAGCCUGGACAUGCUUCAUGUGUAAUAAUUUCAAACAAUUUGAGUGAUGCAUUCAUCAAGCAUCUACCAGACAUGAAUGUUUCAACUGCGUUUAACUCCUUGUUUAAUGCUGAAUACUCCCGGGAGUAUGUUGGUACCAGUACGUUGUUGGAGAUUACACAGAAAACUAGCCUGGUCGUACAUAAUCUACUAAAUGUGGCGGAGGAAUUACAGUUAGCUAGAAUGGAGAUACCUAAUUUGGUCCAAGGACAAUUUGAAUCUCCAUCAGCAGAUCAGCUUUAUUUGCAAAUUAGCUUUGUUGAUUGCAAAAGCUUGAGAAAAGUAAUCAUAACUCUCGAUAUGGCAUGCUUGACCCAUGGGAUGUAUCCCGGCGACGUAAUUCCUGGCGAAGUUUUAGGAACAGAAACAGACGGUGUAGCUUCGAAACAGUUGAUGAAAGAGAUAGAAUCUGCAGUGGAUGGUGUUGGCGUUGGAUAUCCUCGGAUACUGAGACUCUGUCGUUGCGUUUCCAAGUUGUUGCAAUCACAAAGCAGGAGAUGAUGGUCUCAUUUCGCAACACUUUCACAUGUUUCUGGUUUGUUUUGUAUAUAUACGGCACAACGUUUGAAACAGAGUGGUGAGACAGUGACAUUGCUAGCAAAGUCCACUAAGCUUUAGUCCAGCAUAAUUUAUUAAACAUAAAUUGCUACUUAACAACACCCAUUAACCCUUAAAUCAACUGGUGUGACGCAUUGUAAAUAAGUGAAAAGAGUGUAGGCCACUCUUAUCCCAUGUUACAUUGAAUCUAUUCUAGAUUUUGGAGUGA